CAACAUUUUACAGACGGUGCUACAUUUUCUAACCUAUUUUCUCUCUCAUUGAAUCACGUCUCCACCUCUCUUCUGGCCGAUUCAUUCCUAAUUUUUUCAUCUCUUCAUGUUGAUUUCACCACAGAUUCAUUCCCAAGAUUUCUAUCUAUUGUUUGCCGAUUUCACCAUAGUUUCAUCCCCAGAUUUCCAUCUAUUUAUGUCGAUUAUAUUCUUCUAUAAGUUCUGCAAAUUCCAUGUAAAAUUUAGCAAAAAAAUGUCAGCAUCGACGAUUUGAAUUAGUGGACAAUCUGGAGAUUAUUUCUCCUUCACUUCAUUAAUAAGGUCGAAGAGCAAAUCUUUAUUAAUCCUUCUACUUCAAGAACACAGUUAAGCAAUGAUGCAGAUAAUAUAGAGAGGAAGAGAUUUGACAAUUUAGAAUGUUGGUCAAUGAUAUUGGUUUCUGAGAAUGUUGAGACUUGGGAAGCAUCUGAAGAUCAAGAGGAAUGGACGGCUGAUCUUUCUCAGUUAUUUAUAGGCAAUAAGUUUGCUUCUGGUGCACAUAGUAGAGUUUACAGAGGAAUUCAUAAGCAGAGAGCAGUUGCUGUAAAAAUGGUGAGAAUUCCAACUCAUAAUGAGGAAGCUAGAACUUUACUUGAACAACAAUUCAAGUCGAAAGUUGCCCUUCUUUGUCGUCUUUAUCAUCCCAAUAUAGUGCAGAUGAUUGUAAAGCAUAGAAUCCUCACAACUAGCAAUUUAAACAUUUAAAAUUUCAUUUGCCCAUUGCAAUGGAGGAAUUUUGGACUUGGUUUAUAUUGCUCCCCUUCCACAUGAUGAUGUGGGCAAGUGUUUGAAGCUCCACCACCAGCGAUGUAUACAUACUCAAUAGCAUUUUCUUGAAUUUUGGACUUGGUUUAUUGUAAUGUAUACAUACUCAAUAGUAUUUCUACAAGACAAUAUUGAUGCAUGUUUUGGAAUUUA